CUGACGAACAAGAACUUCGCGAAGCUCGCCAAGGACUGCGCGCUCCUCGACAAGCGCCUCACGCUGACGACCCUGGACCUCAUCUUCGCCAAGUGCAUCGACCGCGGCGCGAAGAAGCUCCAGUGGCCCCAGUUCCUCGAGGCCCUCAAGCAGUGCGCGUCGACGAAGCGCGUCGCCGUGGAGAAGGUCCACGAGGUCGUCGCCGGCUCCGAGGGCCCGCGGCUCACGGCGACGACGGCCGCGGCGCAGACGCGGCUCCACGACGACCGGACGACGUACACGGGCGUGCACGUCGCCGGCGGGCCGACGAUCAUCGACAACAAGCUCACGCUCGACUCCCUCGCGGACCGCUCCGAGGCCGACGUCCGCGGCGUCAAGAAGAACGUCGAC